AUGAACGAAAUUGAAUUCAAUAUAACAACUAAUCAAAAUAUUACGACAACGUCACUUGGAUUAGUCCAUCAUCAAACUAAACUUGAUGUCUUUAUUAUAAAAGCCUUCAGUUUACUUACAAAUAGAGCUAUUAUAGAUAGUAACGGGUUUAAUAGUACUGUGAACUCUCCUCAAACAACGAUACCGCCAAGUACCACAGCGUCAAAUUCAAAAUCAGGAACACCGAAUGGUAGUAAUUCAAACGUUAAUACACCAUCUCAAGGUAAACUUGAUUCUAUCGAUCAACCAGGUGAUUUGACUUCAACGAAUGCAUCUCAAAUAGUUAAGAGUGAGAUUCAAGAACAAGCAAGCCAACAAAACAAUAUAUUUACAACUCGUGGUCAAUUUAUUCCAAUAUUCCAAAAGGUAUCCGCAGUGUAUAAUGCUACCUUAACAAAUAUACCUAUCGAUGAAAAAUCGACGUCUCCAAAAUCUGCAAUAGAAUUAUUUCAAAGAUUACAUCAAAUUAUUCGUGAAUUAUCUUUAAGCUAUUCAUCCUCUCCAUAUGCUGGUUAUUUCGAUAGUUUAAAGGAUAAUAUGUGGCAGAUUAAAUCAGAUUCAGAACUCGCCACAGAUCAACUUUGGCAGUUAGUAACAACAAGUAUACUAACAGUGUUCAAUCCUGAGACAGGAAAUAUGAUUAAUCAAAAUAUCCGGAACAAAAGAAUUAAUUCUUCAAAUUCUUCUCCCAAUAAUUCAGGUUCUAACACAGAGGGAGCUACUGGAAACAAUACUGCCGAGACUACACCCACAUCUUUAACAAAUUCUACGAAUUCUACUGUAACAGCUAAUAGUGGUAACAAUGCAGGGCAGGCACCUAAGAGAGUUAAGAAAAAAUAUGUUAGAAAGAAAAACGUAACAACUAAAAAAAUACAAAAUACGAAAAGUACAAAUGUACAAGGUACAUGUAAUUCUACUUCAGUGGUGCCAGAUUUUUCACUCAAUCAAGAAGACCCAUCAACGAACAAUAUCAAUGGUCAGCAACAAUUAACUCAACAACAACCUUUUAAUAUGAACAUUGACGCUUCAUUACCCCAUAUCUUACAGAAGAGACUCCAAAAUGUUUCUCAGGAUGUCAAUUCGAGGUCACUCGCCGGAUAUUAUACACAACCAACAAGUCCAGGUUCUGAUGUGAAUAACUUUGAAUUUAGCUUAGCGCCAAAUGAUUUUAAUUCAACAGAUUAUAAUGCAGCUCUCCAAAAUGCAACAAUUAACUCCAAUGGCAAUAUAAAUACUGAGGCAACUAACCUAAUAGGAAAUAAUGGCUCUGUAAAUAUGAAUAACAAUUCAUUAAAUUCAUCGAUAUGGAAAAGAAGAUCAAUGGGUGCAUUAGAUGGAACUGUAAUGGAUGGAGAAGAUGCUGUAGAUGACAUAUUACAAUUUUCCAACACUCUGAAGAAUAAAAAUAAUCGUGGCGGUAUAACUGUAAUGGAUAACACAUUAAGUAACCGUGGAACAGAUGUUCAAAUUAGUAUGGAGAAUAGCAUACAAAGUAACGACGCUAAAAAUGAACAUGAUAUGAUGUUAGUAGAUCAUAUUUCAAAAUUAUUAAAGCAAUCCUAUGACUCUUUAUUGAAUGAAAAGGAUCAAAGAAUCUCUCAGCUGGAAAGAGAACUGGAAUUACAAAGGAAUGAGACACAAUGGCUAAGAAAGAUGCUUAUAGAGGAUAUGGGAUGUGUGAGAAGUUUACUAAGCAAUACAAGAAAGUAG